UUACAUGGACAAAUUUGUCACACACCAAGAAUUGUAAUUUAGUUUUAUUUCUUCUAGAUUUCAAAGUGAGCUGCUGAUGCUUCAAGUUUUGGCACAAGACAAUGUGAGUUUGUGAUUUAUAUGCUAGAAAAAACAAAUAAAUAAAGGAAAAUGAUAUUUGGGCCGAUGAUUUUGGCAAAUUUGCUAGGCAGAAACACGUGGCUGUCCAGAUUUUUUUUCCCUCAAUUUCUCUCCCAUCUCUCUUCUUUCUCUUUCUCUUUCUCUUUCUAACUAACCCAUUUUUUCCUUAUUGGUUGGGUCUGUGAGAUCGGCGGGACAAGUUUGCUACACAGAGUCCGGCGAGGACGAAGACCGAAUGGAUUGGUAAGCAAAGAUGGUGUAGAGAGUACGGAACGGCGGUGCAACAGUGGUGACGGACCAUGGAGCAAGGUGGUGCAGAGAACUUGGAGGAUGGCAACCUCGGUGAUGUGGUGAUGGUAAUGAGCAGACGGUCGGUAGUAGGGAUGGAAUGACCGUGAGCAAAAGAAGACCCCACUGGCGACGAUGGAGGAAUGGCCUAAUGGCGGCGACAACAGCGACUAGAGAAGUCGCUAUUCCGACGAAGGGUGGGAUGACGGUGAGAUGGACGGCGAGGAUGAAGACGGUCUUGGAUGUGGAGAACUCGGCCGAUGGAAUGCUUGUCUGUGGAUGGCUUGGUCCUGGAUGACUCGGCCGUGAGCUUGCUGCUUUGGAUGAUGGCGGUCGGCAAGCAAGGAGAAGCUUGGUUGUGAGCCUCUCGGUGGUGAGUUCGGCGAGGAUGAACUUAGGCUCGGUUGAGGAUGAUCUGACUAGUGGUGGCGAUGGGCUGGCUGUGAUAGAGCGAUGGCAGAGAGCUCAGAUGAUGGAGAGAUGGCGACGGCGAGCUCGGACGCAGUUGAUGAGCAGGGCAUGCUACAAGGGCAGGCAGAGAUAUGGCAAUACAUGUUUAACUUUGCAGACUCUAUGGCUUUGAAAUGUGCUGUGGAGCUCCGCAUAGCUGAUAUUAUACACUCUCAUGGCUGUCCAAUCACCUUGUCCCAAAUUGCCACAUCCAUUGACUCUACGUCUCCGGAUAUCACCUGCCUCGCGCGUAUCAUGAGAUUGCUAGUACGAAAGAAGAUCUUCACCGUCACCUCUCAAUCGGACGGCGCAGACGCCCUCUACGGACUAACCAAUUCCUCCAUGUGGCUGUUACACGAUGCAGAGAUAAGCCUGGCUCCAAUGCUGCUGAUGGAAAACCAUCCGCUGCUAUUGGCACCGUGGCAUCAUCUUAGUGGCUGCGUGAAAGAAGGCGGUUUUGCGUUCGAAAAGGCUCAUGGCCGUGGGAUAUGGGACUUUGCAUCGGUCAAUCCUGAAUUGAACAAGAUGUUUAACGAUGGCAUGCAAUGUACGGCCAAGAUCUUGUUGAGAGCCAUCAUCUCAGGCUAUAAAGACGGGUUCGGUUGUCUGGGAUCCCUGGUGGAUGUGGGUGGUGGGACCGGCGCAGCGAUGGCAGAGAUUGUGAGGGCCCACCCGCAUAUCAAGGGUAUUAACUUUGAUUUGCCACAUGUAGUUGCGACCGCACCUGAUCAAAAUGGAGUUUCACAUGUGGGGGGCGACAUGUUCAGGGGUAUUCCUAAUGCUGAUGCAGUCUUCAUGAAGUGGAUAUUGCACGAUUGGAGUGACGAAGAUUGUGCCAAGAUCUUGAAAAAUUGCCGGAAAGCAAUACCGGAAAAAACCGGAAAAGUGAUCAUUGUUGAACUGGUUCUACAGCCAGAAGGUGAUAGCUUAUUUGACAACGCAGGAUUUGUGUUUGAUCUACUGAUGAUUGCACACACCUCCGGUGGGAAGGAAAGGACUGAGCUUGAAUGGAAGAAAGUACUCGAAAAUGGAGGAUUUUUACGUUACAACAUCAUCAAAAUUCCAGCUUUUCUGUCAAUCAUUGAAGCUUACCCAGAGUGACUUGGUAAUAUAUAUUGUUAUGGUUAUAAUAAAUGUUUUUAUAACA